UGACUUGCACGUGGCAUACCUUCUUAUAUUAUCAAACCCCAAUUCAGCCGUUACUCCUCCGGCAACCCUCAACAAUGGCUCUACUCCACCGAUUUAACUGCCGUUCUUCUCCGUCACCUCCUCUACUCACCACAAAAUCAACCUCUAAUUCCACGGUCUUUUCACUCUCCACCCUCCCCCGUCACCGCCGUUUCCACCGGAAAUUCCCGUCCUUCAAACUAACUGCAACACUCGCCGCCGAAACGACCGCCGGUUCUGUACCUUCCGGCGGUGGCGGACCGCCGAAGCUUGUGUUGGAGGUUAAGGACCUCACGGCCGUUAUCUCUGAAUCCGGACAGAAAAUUCUUAACGGCGUUAACCUCUCGAUCUACGAAGGCGAGAUUCAUGCGAUUAUGGGCAAGAAUGGUUCUGGGAAGAGUACUUUUGCCAAGGUUCUUGUUGGUCACAAAGACUAUGAAGUUACCGGAGGGUCGGUUGUCUUCAAGGGAGAGAAUUUGCUUGAGAUGGAACCUGAAGACCGAUCACUUGCUGGUCUUUUUCUAAGCUUUCAGUCUCCUGUUGAAAUUCCCGGAGUCAGCAAUAGUGACUUUCUGCAGAUGGCGUACAAUGCCAGACGAAGGAAACUUGGUCAACCUGAGCUUGAUCCACUUCAGUUUUAUGGUUACAUCAUGCCAAAGUUGGAAAUGGUCAAUAUAAAGGCGGACUUUCUGAAUAGAAAUGUGAAUGAAGGAUUUAGUGGUGGUGAAAAGAAGCGAAACGAAAUUUUACAACUCGCGGUGCUUGGGGCAGAAUUGGCGAUAUUGGAUGAAAUUGAUUCUGGAUUAGAUGUUGACGCCCUAAGAGACGUUUCAAAAGCAGUUAAUGCUCUAAUGACGUCCACAAACUCUGUUUUGAUGAUUACUCAUUACCGACGACUCUUGGAAUUCAUCAAGCCCACUUAUAUCCACAUCAUGGAUGAAGGGAGAAUUUCCAUGACUGGCGAUAUUUCUAUAGCUACUCUUCUUGAGAAAAAAGGCUAUAAAGCAAUGUCCAGCUCAUAAUUGCUGGCUAUAAGGUAUUUUGAUCCCGAACAUGACUCCUCCAAAAAGGGAUAAAUUAUGUUUUCUGUUAGUUGUUAUCCUUUGAUAAUUAAUUGUAUUCCGUUCAAUGAAGAAGUUUUGGCACAUUGUUUAGAGAUUUUUCGGCAUGCAAUGAUCAUUCAAGACGGAAGAAAAAAUAUUCCAUAAGUCUGUGCAGCAGUUGUUGAGACACACGGUAUGUUUGUGUUACGCACUUCAUCUGUAAGUUGUAACUAGAUAAUUCUUAUAUAUGCUUGUUACCAUUAAUGCUUGUUGUAGUAUAUUGUAUGUGAUCCAGUUUAUAUUCCUAAUAAGUAUCUCAAAGUUAAAAUA